AUGGGAGUUCUCUUUGUUGCUUCUAUCAUUCUCUUGUUCCAUUCUCCUUCUAUCAACUCCACUGCUUUUGAACUUGAAAUUGCUGCAAAUGGUGAAAUUCCAUUUAGUUAUAUAGAAGCAACUGGUAGAGGACCAUCAAAAUGGGGUGAACUUGACCCAAAAUGGCGAGCUUGUGGUGAUGGAAGAUUACAAUCUCCAAUAGACAUUGUGGAUGUAAAUGUGCAUGUCUUCCCAAAGCUAGGAGAACUACAAAGGGAUUAUAAACCAGCUAAUGCUACCAUUAUGAGCAGGGGAAGAGACAUUAUUGUAUAG